UGUCGCCCCGCCUGGGGGCCCGACGCCUGUCGCCCCGCCUGGGGGCCCUACGCCUGUCGCCCCCGCCCGGGGGCCCGGUGCCUGUCGCCCCGCCCGGGGGCCCGACGCCUGUCGCCCCGCCCGGGGGCCCGACGCCUGUCGCCCCGCCCGGGGGGGCCGACGCCUGUCGCCCCGCCCGGGGGCCCGACGCCUGCUGCUCCCGCCCGGGGGCCCGGUGCCCUGCUGCCUCCGCCUGGGGCCCGGUGCCUGCUGCUUCGCCUGCCCGAUGUGCCUCUGCCGCCGGAGUCCUGCCCGAUGUGCCUCUGCCCGGAGUCCAGCCCGAUGUGCCUCUGCCCGGAGUCCAGCCCGAUGUGC